UCCAUACCAAAAAAAAUUAUGUCGGAAAGCGAAAAUCUUGAAGAGGCUUUAAAUGAGCAGGAGUUGAAUACAGAGGCAGCUUAUGCGGAAGAAGAUAACGAUGACGAGGAUGCGGAGCCAAUAACAGCACAGAAAGUUCUGGAAAUAUUGGAGACUGCCUGGACAAACGAAAUGUGUGCUCCGGAACUGCUGCAGCAUCAGACGGACAUGUUAGAGUUGAUGCUGUCACAGGUGGCGCACAUGGAGGAGCAAAUGAAGGAUCUGGACAAGAACGACUUUCGCUUUGUGGUGCAUCAAAUGGAACUCGAACGCAUCCGCUACAUCAUGGCCAGCUAUUUGCGCUGCCGUCUGCAGAAGAUCGAGGCCUUCACCCAGCACAUCAUCAACCAGGAUGCAACACGCGAUGCGACCGACAAGCGUCUGUCGCCCGAGGAGGCGAAAUAUGCCCAGGAGUUCGCAUCCCAUGUGGAUGAGUACUUCAACAAGGUUGCCACACAAUACAUGCCCAAUCAGCAGCGCGGCGAGGCGGAGCAGCGCGUUGUGGCACCAAAUCUCAUGAGCCACGUCUUCCUCAAAGCGAAUGUUGCAGUGUCUGGUGUGAUUGUGGGCGUUGAUGACGAGGAAGUGGAUCUGGCGCCCGGUUCGCAGCAUAUUAUACCGUACCAGCUGGUGUCUGAUCUGAUACAGAAGAACCAAGCGCAACUAAUUUAAAAUCCAAACAAUACUUAAUAUUAAAUACAACCAAAAUUUAUCCAAUUACAUUUUUGGCGCCCUCUCUGCUACCAGUGUUGGCUAACGCUAAUUAUUGCGCCAUUUGUAUAAACA